AUGGGUACUUCUUCUUCCUCCUCAUCAUCAAUUUCCUCUUCUGCUUUAUUGCUUCUAAUUUUUCUUAUUCUCGUAUCAUCAUCAUCAUGUUUCAUCUCUGCUACUUCAUUCUCAUUCUCAGAUCAUAAACGUAACACGAAGCCGGUGGGUUUUACAGCGCGUUUAAUUCAUCGUGAUUCACCAGAGUCGCCAUUCUAUGACCCUAAACUUACAGAUGCUGAAAGAAUGAGGAAUGCAGAAGAGCGAUCUAUGGAACGGUAUAACCACUUCACAAGACGUCCUAAUGAUGUGCGAGCUCCUGUUGAUUACCGCACAUCCGCAUUCGUGAUAAUUUUUGGUGUAGGUACACCUCCAGUCGACACUUAUGCCUUGAUAGACACGGCUAGUGAUAUGACGUGGAUCCAGUGCAGACCCUGCGAACAAUGCUACACCCAGGACAAAGGAGUACCCAUAUUUGAUCCUCGCAAAUCCUCCAGUUAUGUAAAAAUAGGAUGUGAAGAUCCAUUAUGCAAUGGAGAAUAUCCUGGCCAACUCACGUGCGAUAGAGACGGCAUUUUUUGCAGCUACCACCAGAGCUAUUAUGACGCUGCGCAGUCAGAGGGGAUUUUGUCUAUUGAUAAUUUCAGCUUUCUAGAUGAUACUCAUUUUGAUGGGACGAAGAUCAAAAUACAAUUACCAUUUGGCUGUGGACACAAUAACACCUACCCGAAUGGUGAUUAUGGAAUACCAGGAGUUUUUGGUGUAAAUAAAGAUGCUUUGUCUUUCAUUUCACUAAACAAUAUCGACCGCUUUUCCCAUUGCUUUGCAUCGAUAUACAGAAAGGGAUCGCCAAAAACAAGUCUAAUACGCUUCGGAGAAGAUGCAAUUAUCACCAAUGAAACCACUCCGAUGGUGGGAUUUGGGAAUAAAAGUUUUCCACUUUAUUAUGUUAGUUUGGAAGGAAUCAGUGUCGGCUUGACAAGGCUUAAUAUCCCACAAGGAACCUUCCAAAUUUCAGAAACGGGUUAUAGAGGAGUGAUUAUUGAUACCGGUACGACCAACACAAAUCUUGCUGGAGAUGCAUAUGAUGUAUUGCUUGCAGAAUUGGAGAAACGGAUUAUACUGGAAAGGGUGUCUAUCUCUAAUUAUGAGCUGUGUUACCUGGUUGAAACCAUGGAACAAGUGAUUAAUGAUUUUCCAAAGAUAACUUACCAUUUUACUGGUUUGAAUCAUACUCUAGAUGUUUGGAAUGCUUGGUCACUCUACAGUGGUAAAUAUGGCCUCACUGUAUGCCUAAGGUUCAAGCGAGCAACAGAUGAUCUGACAAUAAUAGGGUUUCAACAUCUACUAGAUGUUAAUGUCGGCUAUGAUUUGAGAAACAAAGUAAUUUCUCUCCAAAACGGGGAUUGCACCAAAGAGUAA